AAUCCUGACACUCGAUCUGAACAUUAAAACGCAUCUCUUGCUGUACGGUUUUGGAAACAUAGGAACAGAUCUUUAACAUCAGGGAGAAAUAAACAAAAACAGGUUAAAUUACUACACACCUUUUUUAAACUUUUUUUUAUAGGGGUAGGGUUAGUGUUCCCACAACGGAAGACAGAGGCGGCCACCUGUGUUAAUAAGCUGUCUAGCGUGCUCUGAACAUCUCUGUAAGCAUAACUGGGCAGGAAGUGUAGUUCAUCAACUGGAGGCACACGCAGAGUAUGGAUCUGUGCAAAACUGCUACAGCCAGUCUGUCUGUGUGGGGAUGGGGGGGUCUAGGAGUGGUGCUGUUCCUCAUCACGUUUGGACCCUUCGCUGUCUUCUACCUGGCCUUCUAUAUCUUCUGCUUCGUAGGAGGUGGUUUUGCGGUCACUCUGUUGUUUGGUAAAACCAACUCAGAGAAACAUCUAGAGAGGUGUGAACACUCCUAUCUUCCGGCCACGCAAACGGGUAUACUGAAGACAUUGGAUGAGAUGAGGCUGGAGCCAAAGCCUAUCCAGAUAGACAGGAGACUGACUGGCUCCAACUACAUAGACGAGCCUCUUCAACAGGUCAUCCAGUUUGCUUUGAGAGAUUAUAUCCAGUACUGGUAUUAUACUCUGAGUGAGGAUGAUUCUUUUCUGCUGGAAAUCAGACAGACGGUCCAGAAUGCUCUGGUACAGUUCUCUACACGGUCUAAAGAGGUGGACUGGCAGCCUUAUUUCACCACCAGACUGGUGGAUGACUUCGCUACUCACCUUCGAGUCUUCAGAAAGGCCCAAGACAGACUGGAGGACAGUAAACAGAGGGACUUGUCGGAGGAGAUGGUGGAGUCAUUCUUUGAGGCGGAGGUGGAGAUGGAGAGGAACAUCUGUAGAGACGUGGUCUGCACCUCCCUGAAGGAUGAAGAAGGGUUCCUGAGGGAUCUGUGUGAGGUACUGCUCUACCUGUUACUACCUCCUGGAGACUUCCACAACAAGAACAUGCGAUACUUCCUCAGGGAGAUUCUGGCGCGAGGCGUUCUCCUUCCCCUGGUCAACCAGCUGAGUGAUCCUGACUACAUCAACCAGUUCGUUAUCUGGAUGAUCCGGGACUCGAGCUGUAACUACGAGGCUUUUAUGAACAUCUUGAAGCUGACAGACAGAGUGUCUGAACUGGAGGCUGUUAAAGACAAGGCCCUGGAGGAACUACAGUACCUACGAUCACUGGACACCGCAGGAGACGAUAUCAAUGUAAUAAAGAACCAGAUCAACAGUCUGAUGUUUGUGAAGAAGGUCUGUGAGACCAGGAUACAGAGGCUACAGUCUGGGAAGGAGGUGGAUGCUCUGAAACUAGCGACAAACUUGGGCAAGCUGUGUAUUAUACCACUGGAACACAUUCUGGUACACAACAUCGCCCUGCAGUUCUUCAUGGACUACAUGCUGGGGGCUGGGGCCCAGGCAGAGCUGUUCUUCUGGCUGACAGUGGAGGGCUACAGAGUAACAGCCCAGCAACAACUCGAGGUGAUGGAGGGAUGGCAGAAGGAUGGAAAGAAGGGAGGAGACACUACAGGACUGCUGAAGGCUGCAGCACUAGGGGUGUAUGAACAGUACUUAUCUGAUAAGGCGUCCCCCAGGGUGCAGGUAGAUGAGGCGUCUGUUCUCAAACUGGGAGAGAACCUACAGAAGGACAGUGACCCCACGCCAGAGAUAUUCGACGACAUCCAGAGAAAGGUGUAUGACAUGAUGCUUCGUGAUGACAGGUACUACCCGUCGUUCAGACAGAGUCCUCUCUACGUCAGGAUGUUAGCUGAGCUGGACAUGCUGAAAGAACCCUCUUAUAGAGGAUCAGAUGACGGAGAUGGAGAAUCGUUCAACGGUUCUCCAACAGGAAGCAUUAAUCUGUCUCUGGAUGACCUGUCGAACUCCUGCCAUGAUGACAAUAUACAGCUACACGCCUUCAUCUCUGAUACAGGGGUGUGUAACGACCACGGCAAGACCUACGCCCUCUACGCCAUCACUGUGUUGCGCCGUAACCAUGACGGCAGCGAAGACUCCUGGAAGACCUACCGACGCUACUCUGACUUCCACGACUUCCACAUGAGGAUCACGGAGCAGGUAAAGUUUGAGAAUUUGACGUCGAUCCUGAAGCUGCCGGGGAAGAAGACAUUUAACAACAUGGACAGAGACUUCCUGGAGAGGAGGAAAAAAGACCUGAACUCGUACCUACAGCUGCUGCUGAAUCCAGAGAUGGUGAAGGCCUGUCCUACUCUGGUUCACUACGUCUACGACUUCCUGGAGAAUAAACAGUACAGCAAGGGGAAGGGAGAUUUCGCACGCAAGAUGGAUACGUUUGUGAACCCACUGCGUAGCUCGAUGCGUAACGUGUCCAACGCUGUGAAGGGCCUUCCAGACAGCCUGGCUGGAGGGAUGAACAAGGCUGCUGACAACAUGGGACGCAUGUCUGAGAAACUGGGACAGGACAUCAAACAGUCCGUGUUCAAGGUACCUCCACUGCUCCCCAAGUCUGACUUUGACCCAGAGCACUGCCGAGUCUCGGCCCAGCUGGACGACAACGUGGAUGAUAACAUCCCUCUGCGUGUGAUGCUGCUGCUGAUGGAUGAGGUGUUUGACCUGAAGGAGAGGAACCAGUGGCUCCGCAGGAACAUCAAGAACCUUCUGCAGCAACUCAUCAGAGCCACAUACGGAGACACUAUCAACAGGAAGAUCGUGGAUCAUGUGGACUUCAUGACAGCUCCAGAACAGGUGGCUGACUACGUCAAGAAGUUCCGGGAUUCGUACUGGCCCAACGGUAUCCUGGCCGAGUCUCCACCACGCAGGGACAAGAACAUCCGCAUGAGGACGAGGGUGGCGGCCAAGACCAACCUAUUGGGAAUCAUGCCAGAUGAGUUGAAGCACAUCAUCGGGGCGGAUACGACUCGUAAGGGAAUCCUGCGUGUGUUUGACAUGUUCCAACACGGACCAAUGAAUCGUCGGCUGGUCUACGUGCUUCUAGAAGGAUUCCUGGAGACCAUGUUCCCUCAUUACAAGUUCCCUGAGCUGUUUGUUAAACUGCACUCCCGCUCGCCGCGCACAGCCAGAUACACACAGAAAGUCAAGAGCACCUUCCUGAAGAGGUGACAGGAGACUGGAAGUGGGCAGGGUACCAGGUGACACACGGCGUGAGAGAAGAGGGAGGAGAGUUGUGGGGAGGGUGAUGAGCUGUUGAGAAGAGGUUAACGUGUGUGUGUGUGUGGUCUCUCGAAGGGAUUGUUGGGACCAUCCUAGUUGUUAACUCUGCCCUGCUCUCCACUUCCCCCUACGUGCCUCACAAACACACUCCUGUAGCACCAACAAACUCAUUUGGGUUUUAUUUGUUUUAUUUUUUGUUUUAUGCUGUUUUAUUGUAGAUGUGUCAGACUGGCAGAGCUGCUCUGAUAUGCCCAGCAGGUGAUUUCACUUCCUGAUACCAGGCCACGUAUACAGAAAUACAUGUACCGGUAUAGAAAUAGAUUGCUAGUGGAGGGGGGAAUAUGGCAUAGAGGAUGCCAUGGGUAGUGAGACAGGAAGCGUGAUGCCAUGGGUAGUGAGACAGGAAGCGUGAUGCCAUGGGUAGUGAGACAGGAAGCGUGAUGCCAUGGGUAGUGAGACAGGAAGCGUGAUGCCAUGGGUAGUGAGACAGGAAGCGGGAAGGGAAGUGUCAACCACAUCCUGUUCUGCAAGGCGUUUGUCACGUUUUGUUGACUUUUCUUCUUUACUUUUUGUUUGUCAAUGUGACAUCAUCAUCCUGUCAUAAUCCUCUAGGACACGAGGAGGCUGAGUUUGAUCUAAGUCCACUCCCCCUUUUUAAUGCACCCGUCUGUAGCCAUGACAACCACAGCUCUAACUGUUGUUUGUUGAGGGGGAUGAUGGACAGCUCUACUGUGCUUCAUGUUAAUCAUGUGGAAAGCAGAAUGAGCGUCUCCCCUGCCGGUGAGGCCUGGGUAAAUGUGAAAUGGCCCGUUCUAAUGGACUGACACAGUCUAAUAGUAAUUCACUACAUUUUGGAAUGAGACAGAAUGAAAUGACAGGCCAGACUGUGAAUGUUGCUGUCUGUAGAAGCAACUGUCUGUCGAGUAGAAUGUACUCGCUGGGCGUGUGUGUGUGCGCGUGUGCGUUUGUGUGUGCGUGUGUGUGUGUGUGCAUGGCAGUAAGAUGCAGCCCUCCCCAGUCAGACACUGUGCCAGUGUGGGCCCAUACCACUAAGUAACAAAGCGAAAACACACUGAUAACCCUGCUUUAUCACACUUUCAUUCAGAGAAAAUUUCAUUUUGUGCAAUAUUUUUAUUUGAUGCAUGAGUUUUUGAAUAAUUGUAUAAAAAUGGAAAACUAUACUGUUUUGGAAGAAUUGUAGGAAAGGUGAAAGAAUUCUCCCCCCUUCCCAAAGAAAUUCUAACCCUACAUUCCGUUGUAAAAAAAAAAAUCUACAUUUAAUUGCAGACUCGUUUUAUACGUCUUUUUUUAUUAUUAUUUUUUACUCCUGAUGAAUGUGGUUUCCAUGCCGAUGUGUCAACGAGUGAUCUAGCCAGUGGAGCUAAAGCCUCUGGAUAGGAAGCUAUGGGUCAUUGGUCUAGAGAUAUGGUGGGAGGGCUUAUUAUGCAUAUGAACCUGUUGAUUGGAGAGUGAACAGAAAUGAUUCACUGUUGUAUGAACCAAUGACAGGAGAGACUUUGGGUCAUCUGUCCAAUCAAAUCGCAGGAAAGCCAUGUUUCUGUAGAAUCACUGCUAAAUAACGCUUAGUACCGGAGUUCUUUCAUUCGCCGAACAGAGCUCCAUUUCCACUGCUGCCAUUGGAUGGAACUGUCCCUCGUCUGCUGUGAUUGGCUGGCACUGAACAGCUCUAGACCGUGAUUGGCAGUGUGAGGACAUGAAAUCUGUGCUGUGUGACUUUUAAAAGGAAGUGGAUAUUUGUCAGCGAACAGGAGAGGUGACAAGGGGAACCCCACAGGACUUCAUCUUUAAAGCCUCCACUCUCUCCCAUUCAGGAUGGCUCGGCUAUCGAUGUCCACAGGGUUUAUCCCACGUCAACACGGUCCUGUGUUGUAUUAAUCAUUAAAUGAACGGGGCACAGAAUCUAACGGACGAACACAAUAUGAGACAACACAGCAAGCAUCAUGUACAUUUGAAUGAAGUGUUGCUGUGAAAAGCCGGGAUCUCCUAGUACAUUAUGAAUCUAUGAUAAUGAACCGUGUGCAUAUCUGUGUGCAGUACGUGUCAAUAGUGUGCCUAAAUGUUCCGUCAACUCUAUUUUCAUAUUUUUCUUUAACAAAAGAUAAGGAUCAAAAAGAAUGUCAUGGGCAUUUUAGACUGAAGAGAACGCUAAAGACUCUGGAACCAGAGAACGCUAAAUACUCUGGAGCCAGAGAACGCUAAAGACUCUGGAGCCAGAGAACGCUAAAGACUCUGGAACCAGAGAACGCUAAAGACUCUGGAGCCAGAGAGCUAGGAACCAGAGACGCUAAAGACUCUGGAGCCAGAGAACGCUAAAGACUCUGGAGCCAGAGAACGCUAAAGACUCUGGAGCCAGAGAACGCUAAAGACUCUGGAGCCAGAGAACGCUAAAGACUCUGGAGCCAGAGAACGCUAAAGACUCUGGAGCCAGAGAACGCUAAAGACUCUGGAGCCAGAGAACGCUAAAGACUCUGGAGCCAGAGAACGCUAAAGACUCUGGAGCCAGGGGAAGGUUCUAGAAGCUGGGGUGGUCAACCCUCCUCCUGGAGAUUUUUUUUUUCUCCAACCCUGCUCUAUUCUAACACACCCAAUUUAACCAAUCAAGGUGUUGAGGAGGAGCAGCUGUUUAGCAGGACCAGGUGUUUUAGAGCAGGGCUGGAGCAGAAUCCUGCUCAGGAUGGGUAGCUCUCCAGGAGCACAGUUGGAGACUCCUGUUCUGGGAUGUUUUUUUGCAUCAUGCUUAUCAAACUAUUCCUUUGGAAAUGCUGAACUCAGAUCAGUAUAACACUAAUAAUAAAAUGGUAACUGAC